AUGAUCGACGUUGAAGCCAAAGGCCCAUACAAUGUGGACGUCUUGGAUUUCCCCUGUAAAAAACCAACUGACACGAAAGGGUCAGUUAAAGAAGUACCUGGAAUAGCACCGUGCUCAUGCCAUAUGAGAGUAUGUCAGAAAUUUUCAGACUACGGAUUUUGGUUAAAGAAGCCUAACAAAGACCGAGGUGGUUAUCAUAUUGUAAGUGAUGUUUUUGAAAAUCGUCCAGCAGCCGAGGCUGGUCUUAAAAAACGUUGUAUUCAAAGUGCAGAAGAUAGUGAAUGUGUAUUACUUGUAUUAGACCUACUUUCAGUUAAAAAUCUAAUAAAAAUGAAACAUACCACAGAAUUUAGCAAUAAAACAUCAAAAUCAAUAGCCGACACAGAAAUCGUGCAUUCUCAAUUAACAGGUUCAACAGAAACCUAUUUAAAUUCAUUAUUCCGCAGAUCUACAUCUGCUCGAUCGGGAAUAUCAGUAUCUUCAUCCGAUGCUACAACAAAUGUCAAAAACAUAAAAUUUGAACCUACAUUAAACUAUUUAGCAUCACUUUUUCGAUCCCAGACAUCGGUGCACACAUCAGCAUUACGAUUAGCAUCUAUACCAAUACCACUCAAAAUAAUAUCUUUGAACACAGCUUCAACGCCAAAUACCCUUACAACUUCCAAAGGUUCUGUACAACCAAACAUCACACGUAACACAGCGAUAGCUGAGAAAACUAACGUCCAAACUAUCGAAGAACCGUACCUUACAGAGUCCAGUUUCAAUGCUAUCGGCGAAGAAACGGACACAAUGUUAUUUCCAACGGAUAUUGGCCGAGCAGGAUAUGAGUUGAGUUAUCGAACUAAAAGAGUAAGUAUGCUUUUUAAAUCAUUUGAUAUUUGCCAAUUUUUUUACUAGUUAUGCACUCAUAUAACGUUCGAUAGUAUAGCAUGAGACAACUACUAUCAUAUUCUAUGGAUCUGAUCGAUAGAAAGCGUUACAGACUAUCAAUAUAACUGAAAAAUUAACCCUUUCGUUACGGGGCCCGUAUAUAUACGGGCUGAGCUUUUACUGAUAUCAGUGUCCUCAUAAUUUCAUUUAAACUCGAUCUAACAUCACUUUCUUUCUUUUUCUUAUCUCGCCAACAUUAC